AAUGGGAUUCUAGUGUAUUUGGACUUAAGUUCUUUUCUACUGAGAAUCAGUGUAAAGAGCUUCAAGCAUAUAUCAAUCAAAAUGGGAUUCUUUGGACCUCAUCAUCAGCUUGCUUUCAUAUUUGGGGUCUUGGGUAGCAUUGUUUCAUUCAUGGUGUUCUUGUCACCAGUGAAAACCUUUUAUACAAUAUACAAGAAAAGAACUGCUGAAGGGUACCAAUCAAUCCCUUACAUGGUUGCACUUUCCAGUUCAAUGAUGUUAUUGUACUACGGUAUGCUUAAGACCAACGCCAAUCUGAUCGUCGGCAUCAGUUGCUUCGGAUGUGCCAUCGAAAUUAUCUAUCUUAUAUUAUACAUUGUAUACGCACCUAAGAGGGAUAAGGUUUUUACAGUGAAAUGGAUAAUCUUAUUCAACCUAGGAGGGUAUUGUUUGAUAAUGGUGGCCACCAAUUUGUUUAGAGAAAGGUCUAAACGUGUGACAGUGAUGGGAUGGGUUUGUGCUGUUAACAGUGUUGCAGUCUCUGCUUCUCCUUUAGGCAUAAUGAGACGUGUGAUAAGGACAAAAAGUGUGGAAUACAUGCCAUUUCUUCUCUCCUUUUUUCUUACAUUAUGUUCCACAAUGUGGUUCUUCUAUGGACUUUUCUUACAAGAUUUAUACGUGGCUUUUCCAAAUGUGUUGGGAUUUCUGCUUGGAACAGCUCAAAUGGUCAUCUAUGUGAUAUACAAGAAUGCAAACAAGGGUGUUGAAAAAACAGAAAAGAUGCAAAAAGGAGAUAUGGAGGGCUCAGUGGGGGAUAUAAAUCCAUGUUUCCCAGAUCAUGAACAAGAAAUCAAAGAGAUUACAAUCGUUAUUGCUGAGAAACCAGUUGAAUCCGACGAAAUGAAAGCUUGAUUUUGAUUCAAUUUGUGGAAAUUGCAGAAAUCGAAGCUUUUAAAGACGAGGAUGCAUAGAUAGCCUUCUUGGGAGAGAAAAGUAGUAAUUUGUUAUUAAGAUAUGUAAGAACUACUUAAAUAAUUCAAGAGUCUUUAUGAAUUAAAAAAGUAAAAAAAAAAAAAUCCAAAUUUAAGGAAUGAAUCCAAACUAUUACUACACAAUGAAUUUUAAGGAUGUGAGUCCCAACAUAAGGACUAUAUG